AUGGUCCCCUUGCCCCAGCCGCCCCAGCCGCGGGAGGCCCGGGGCCAGGGAGGCCGGGGCCAGGGAGGCCGGCUGCCCGUCUCUCCGCCGGGGCACCCACUGGCUCCGGCCUGGGGCACAGAGCCCGAGAACCCGGCCGCCGUCGCCGCCGCCACCGCCGCCCGCGUCGGCCGAGGCCGUGCAGCGCCCGGGGUGCCGCCCCUCCCCGCGUCGAACGGAGCGCUAACCGCCCGUUGGCUCCGGCCGCCUCAGCGACGCACGCCCGAGCCAGCCAACCCGCGCCGGGCGCCGCGGCCGCGAGGAGCCGCGAGCCGCCGGCCGUCACCUGGCGCAGGCAGCGAGGAGCACAGCAGCCGCCGCCCGAGGACCUCUAGCGGAGUGCGGGCGGCACGCGCCCCAACAGCCGGUUCAACUUUUACUUGCUACUAAAAACCAUUCAUUGCUAGAUUAUUCCACAGAUACUCAGGCCAUUCUUAGAGAAGGAUACCAGUGUGGCGGGAAAAUCCUAGACAAGAUUUACAAACCCUGGUGUCUCUCCUUAUUCUCUAAAAUACCUGGCCAUUGGCAUCUAAAGAGGGUAAAAUCAGAUUUUAAAAAAAGCAUGCCUAUCAUAUGCUACUUUCUCAUUUUCUAAAAGAAAAAGAAAAUAAGAGGACAAGAACGGAAAGAGUACCACAGUGUGAGAACUGAGGAAAGCAAGGAAGAAACAAGAGGACCUAGAAGAUGCAAUAAAAAUACCCAUUAUUUUAUG